AUGGAGGCAAGUAAUACGCCUCCCUCCGGGACUGCUGUCGCAAACGCACAAAAACAACGCACCCCGCAGUGGGUCUCAUUAGUUGCAGGAGGAGUGGCAGGGGGUGUGGAAGCAGCAGUCACGUACCCUUUUGAAUAUUCAAAAACUCGUGUGCAGCUCUUACAACAUGGCGUCGAAGCCGGUCCCUCAAAUCCGCUACGAGUAAUCCUUCAGGUUGCUCAAAAAGAAGGGACUGGAGCAUUGUAUACUGGAUGCUCCACUCUUGUCAUUGGCACCACCGCGAAAGCAGCCGUGCGCUUUCUAUCAUACGACACUAUCCGGAAUUCCUUGGCCGAUGAUCGUGGAACACUUUCUGCAGGACGUGGCAUUUUGGCCGGAAUGGUUGCUGGUGCCGUCGAGAGCUUUGUGGCUGUCACGCCAACUGAAAGAAUCAAGACUGCCUUAAUUGAUGAUGCGAAAAAUGCUCGACAAUUUCAAUCCAGCUUACAUGCCGCCACUAUAUUAGUUCGGGAUCACGGUCCCCGUGAACUAUAUCGCGGCCUCGUCUCUACCACAAUCAAGCAAUCUGCUACAUCUGCUGUGCGUAUGGGAACAUACAAUAUUCUUAAAGAAGUCGCCAAAUCGCAAGGUGCCGCGCCGAGUGUAUACACAAAUUUCAGUAUGGGAGCAUUGGCGGGUGUGGUGACGGUCUAUGCUACUCAACCGUUUGAUACAAUCAAGACGCGAGCCCAGAGUGUUCAGGGAGCUGGUAUUGGCGAGGCCGUUCGUAGCGUGCUCCGCGAUUACGGAAUUCGAGGUUUUUGGAAAGGCAGCUCUAUGCGAUUAGGCCGAUUGUUACUGAGUGGUGGCAUUGUUUUCUCCGUAUAUGAAGAGGUAGCAGCUUUACUUCCACACUCACCUUACAAAUAG